AUGGAGGUGUUCAAGCAUAGGUCAGCUAACCAGGAUGCAAGACCAUUAAGGUAUGAUUUGAAAUGGUAUCGGAGAAUGAGAAAGCUGUUGCGGAUUGAAGGGCCCAGAGCCCGUGGUGAGCUGGAGGGAGAGAGCAUGCUGGAAUCCAGGCUUCAGCAGAAGAUUAUUGUCCUUGCUUGUUCCUCUCUCCAGUGCUUAGCAAUGUGGAAGCUGCGCCUUUCUAACUGUGCCUGCCUGGUUGUCUUCCUUGUGUUUAAGGGCGUUACCAUUGUGAAGCCGAUCGUGUACGGGAACGUCGCGCGGUAUUUUGGGAAGAAGAGGGAGGAGGAUGGCCACACUCACCAGUGGACGGUGUAUGUGAAGCCGUACCGGAACGAGGACAUGUCUGCCUAUGUGAAAAAAAUUCAGUUCAAGUUGCAUGAAAGCUAUGGUAAUCCUUUAAGAGUUGUUACCAAACCACCAUAUGAAAUCACCGAAACAGGCUGGGGUGAAUUCGAAAUAAUCAUUAAGAUAUUUUUCAUUGAUCCAAAUGAAAGACCUGUAACCUUAUAUCACUUGCUGAAGCUUUUUCAGUCGGAUACAAAUGCCAUCCUGGGGAAGAAAACUGUAGUUUCUGAAUUCUAUGAUGAAAUGAUAUUUCAAGAUCCUACUGCAAUGAUGCAGCAGCUGUUAACAACAUCUCGUCAACUAACACUAGGUGCUUAUAAGCAUGAAACAGAGUUUGCAGAUCUUGAAGUGAAAACCAGGGAAAAGCUGGAAGCUGCCAAAAAGAAGACUAGUUUUGAAAUCGCUGAGCUUAAAGAAAGACUAAAAGCAAGUCGUGAAACUAUCAACUGUUUAAAGAAUGAAAUCAGAAAACUUGAAGAAGAUGAUCAGUCUAAAGAUAUGUGACAAGUGUGGACUUGAUAAAGAGCCUAUGCUGAAAAUGGGAGGACUUCAGUCAUGGAACUGUAUGAGUUCAGUUCUAUAAUCGAGACAAUGAGAAUUUCACUGGCAAGUUAUUGAAGUUUGUGGGAAUCAACUUUACAAAUGGAAGAAAAAAGAAAGAAUGUAUCCUUGUUUUAUAGUUAAAAUCUGUGGGUACUUAACAACUUAUUUCAAGUAGAAGGGGUCUCAGAGACCAGAUUUACUUCUUUUUUUUUUUAAACUGCGUUUGAGUCGUAUAUGAAAACUUUGUAUUAAGUCUUGUAUUAGUUCAAUGUUAUUUUACGAAAUGCUGGUGUUUACUUUUUUUACUUGUUUUUUUUCUACUGAUUGUUUAGAGGUGCAUCUUUAGAGCUAAAAAUAAAAUAUGCAAUUUUUUAUUUUAA